AUGGAUUUCUCUACGUUUCUCGUGCAACUGAACGACGCGAUCGUAUACGAGAACGGUCCAAAUCUAGCAUUUCUGCUCCGUCCUACGAGCCCCCACGGGAAGGACCUAGUGAAAGAGUUUCGGAAUCCAACACGCGCAUCGUUUAGCCGGUAUGAAGGAUCGAUGCAGAGUCCCUGGGACGAGAUUGCCAUCCAAUAUGUUCUAGUGUGCACCCAUGUGGCGAAGAAACGGUCCCUGGAAGCAUUCAAGGAAGAGGCCCAACUUGUAUCACUGUUUUUCAGAUUCUUUACAGAAACCCCUGGUUGGACAUUACCUGCCCUCUGCUCCAUAUUGCGUGACCUCCGCGAUCUGGCCAUCGAUGCCGACCAUUAUGCCAAAUACAACAACCAGAAGAGUGAAUGCAUGGAAGAGUCAGCAAGGGUCAUUGCAAAAGCUUUCAGUUAUUGCGUGAUGGACAGACAAUCACCACUGGAGCAGUCACGGAAGUGGGGUGUAUACUAUCUAGUCGGUUUGGUGAUGAAAUGCUACUUUCGGAUCAAACGAAUAUCCCUCUCAAAAAAUAUCUUACGAGCUUUAGAAGCCAACAACGACAUUCCCGCGUUAUCCCUCUACCCGAGAGCUCAUCAAGUCACUUAUAGGUAUUAUAUUGGCAUGCUAAGUUUUCUGAAUGAAGAGUUUGCCAAGUCUGAAGAGCAACUAACCCUUGCUUUCUAUAAUUGUCAUGUUGAUUCACAUUCCAACCAGGAGCGCAUUCUAGCUCAUUUGAUACCUCUUCGUAUCUUGAAAGGUCAUCUUCCGUCAACUGAACUAAUGAAGCGAUUCCCUGUUCUCGACGAGCUAUUCUCUCCUUUCAUUACAGCCAUUAAAAAGGGCGACAUCAAAUCCUAUGACCAAGCACUCGAGGCUUGGGAGACGCGUCUAUUGGAACUCAAUCUUUGGCUCUCUCUGGAGAAGGCACGCGAGCUCUGUCUGCGGAGUUUGUUCCGAAGAAUGUGGGUUGCUGUGGACAAGGGAACACGAUUGCCCAUAUCACUAUUCCAUUCCGCUUUAACUGUUUCCGGUCUCGACGUGACGGAUGAUGAAGCGGAAUGUCUGGUCGCCAAUUUGAUCUUCAGAGGCUUCAUACGCGGGUACAUCAGCCACGAGAGGAAGAUGGUCGUCCUUGCGUCGACAAAUGCCUUCCCGCCCGUGGCAGACCGGCCCUCGCCUCUUUCGUCCAUCUGA